GGUGCGUGUUUGAAUCGUUUGAAUACAAACCUCCAUUCCACACGUGUCGCCGCUGCUAAAUCUAGAGUAUCUAGGUUCUAGAGGUCAGAGUGUCAGAGAACCCGGCCGAUGGUAGUCGUUGAGUGUGUAUAAACACCAUAAAUAUUCGCAAUUCCCUACAGGGAAGAAAAAAAAUGAUUACCGAUGAAUUAAUAAACGUGAACAUGUCGUACGAAACAGAUUCAUCAAGCCUCUGUACACUUUGUGUAUUGGAAGCAAGUGUAAACGUAUUCGAAAAUUUUUCAUCAAGUUUGUCACUUGAUGAUCAAACGCUGUCGUCGUUCAACAAGGAAAAAAAUUUGACUCCGUUACAACAGAAUCGAUUGAAAAAGAUGAAAGUUGAAAAUGAUUGGCGAAAACAAGAUGAAUCAAUCUUUGAAGAUACUAAGAGAAAUUUGAUGAUGAACGAUAAAAAAAUAUUCGAGUGGACAGGAAGUCAGCAUGAGAAAAAUAAUGACCUAAAGUUGACAACAAAUAAUCGUCCCCAGGAAGAAAAUAAUGCUAUUUUAAAGUGUAGUGAAAAUUUUUUCAAAUAUUUUCAGAAAGCUGAUAAGAAUAAUGCACUGUUUAAUGAAUUGUCAUCUCAAAAAGAUGAGGGAAAUGAAACUGAGCAGCAGCGGGAGCAGUCUACGUUAUUUUCUUUGUCAUGUAUGAGCCAAACGUUAUCAAUGGAAAUUGGCAUGUUGCCAAAAAUAUCCCAAACCAUCAUCAACCAAGUUAUUAGUAAUACGAAUGAUGAUUUUGUACAGAGACAAAAAAAUACCAAGGGAUUACACAACAUUGAUGAACCAAUCAAUGAUCGACAGCAAGGAUCGAUCUUGAAGGCAUCAAUGCAAAUUGCAAGGAAUGCGACAGACACUGGAAGAGUAGCCUCAAAAAUGAAUUCAUUACACCAAUCAAAGAAAAACUUUCAAUUAGGGAUUACUAAUGAGGAAAAGUAUUUGAAGAAAGUACAAUUUUCUAUUGCACCCGAUCUCGGAAAUACCUCUCCAAACGAAACACUAAAACGAAACAUAAAUAAUGACGUAAUCGAGAGAGUUACUGCUAUUCCAAAAAAAAAACCGAAGAUCAUUUCCCAAGAGGUUCUGAAAGUACCGCUACAGCACUUUUCGUUCGGUCGUGAGCACCCUGCAAUUGAAGAUUCAAAAGCACCCGAGGGGGAUGAUAAAUUCAAAAAAAGUUACCAGGAAAUUGAAACUUGUUCGUCUAUUGAUCGAUCCAGAAGAAAAAUCAGUAAUGUUGAAGAACAAACAAAUUUUAAAGAAGGUACUGAGAAGGCUGAUACCACCAGAACUGGAGAAGUUCUUCAAAAUCCCUCCAAGCUCUCUUCAGUCUCUUGCAAAAAGACUGUCCCUAAAAGAGUUUCAACGCUGUUAAUGCUUCAACGAAAAAUAGAUGAAAACUCGAUACGCUUAUUAAGCCAGGUCAAAGAAAUGAAAAAGCUCAGUUCUCUCAUUGAUGAGCUGCGAAGGAAUUUUGGAAGCGAGAAAACUGCGGUAGCUAAAGUUUCCCCAACAAAAUGGGAACCAACGAAGAAGGAAUUUGUUUCAAGAUGCACUCAGACAACCGAUUCACAUCCCAUGACAAUUGAUGUUAACGAUCCGACGAGGCCUGCUGUGCUCAUGACCGCAGCAUCGAGUGCGAAAUUGUCGGAAAAAGAGAAUGAUUCACGUCCGAAUGUUGAAACAAAAAUUCACAAAUCCCGUCAUACCUUGUUUCAUCCGGUUAUAUUGAAAAAUGUUGAAAACACUGUACCCAAAUCAGUUAGCAGCAAAUGUCUCAUUAUAUCGAAAACUCUUUCUCAUCAUACUCCGAUCAUCCUUGAUCAUCAAUUAUCUGCCGAUAAGACAUGGACGCCUAAAACAGUGGAGAGUCAGCAAAAUGCGAAUUCGUCGGUUCAAUUUGAUCCAUAUUAUAAUCCUUUACGUCCACGAAGAUGGCCAAGGAAAAAAAAUAAUCAAUCGGUAUUCAGACCAAACAAUCAGCCGAAGAAAAUAGAAGGUUCCUAUUCUCCUCUUCCGGUCGUUAUCAAAAAAAUGAUGUCUACAAAUGUAACUCAAUAAUCUACAUGAAUGUUUAAUUCUUCAACUUCAAACAAUCACUAACCGAGUUCUUCUCAACAAACCAAACAAAAAUCACAAAACGGUUUCUCACUGUCAUUAAGCUCCAAGCUCUGUCUCAUUUUAUUUAAAUAUAUUUUCAAAGAGUCCACCAGACAAGUUUAUCUUGAACACUAAUGAUCACAGUUUAUUCAAAAAAGUAAUGAAUAUAAAUUAAUGUUUCAAGUUACUGUGCCAUUGGUCAAAACUGUUGGACUUAAACUUAAAAAAAUAAAAAAACAAAUGUGAUAUUAUGUUAGUAAAAUGGUAAUUUUCUUCAAGAAUAUGGAUUACGAAGCACUUAUGUUGCAAAUACUUGACACAAGUGGUCGUUAAACUUCUGUUAUUUUUCUAUUGCUAUAUAAUAUUACAUCAAGUGUUUCAACCAAGUCACUUUGUCAGACUUGUGUCGACAGAAAACUAAAAAGAUCUCACCAAAAAUUUUAAUGGAAUUUAAUGAAAUAUUUUCAUUUUUAGACAAUUUUUCAGUUCCAUUGGAGCAGAUCAUAAAUAAAUAGCUUACUGUGGAAUUUUAGCAGACAUAAUGAAAAAUUCAAAUGAUCAGUAGCAAUUAAUGGUGUUUCUUUAAUAUCUGGAUCAAUGUUAAUCCAAAAAUUGAUUGUUACAAAUAAAUACUGAGAACGAA